AUUCAGCAACUAUGAUGUCAACAAACUCUGUGAUUGAAGAAAUUUCAAAACUUCAGUCUGUUAAACGUAUGCGGGCUUCUGUUAAUACCUCAAUAAGAUAUGGAACUAUGGUUGGAGCGAUAACAAUUACAUCUGGUAUUCUUGGUGGACCAGUAGGAUUUGCAGUUGGUGGUAUGAUCAGCAGUUGUGCAUUAGGUUUUAUGUCACAAGGAAAGUUAAAAUCGGUUCCUCAUAUUCUUCUUUAUGAAACCACUUCAGAACAAAGGGAGAAACUGGCAAAGUUAAUAAUGCAACUUGUAAAAUCAAAACCCACAACAAUUCGUGACUUUAUAUAUGAUAUAGGAAAUGAUACACAAUUACAACAAACAAUAAUCCAAGUAUUAACAGCAUUUUUAUUUGCUGAGCUUGGUGUAAAAGUUCAGGUAUGAAAAAAGAAUAUAAACAAAUAUGUAGACACAUUUGUUAUUAAUUUUGUAAUAUAAAAAUUCAUUGAUUGCUUUUUC